ACACGCGAAUUACACUGAAAAACACAUCUAGAGUAUCAGAUUCUGAACCUUAUGAAUACAAAGAUGGAAAAGAUACUCCCAGAGCUAGAGCUAGAAGAUCAGACACUGCGACAUACCAGGAACCAGGAGAUAGAAGAUAUACUCCCAGCUCUAGAGCGAGAAUAUCAGAUCCUGAAACAUGCUAUGAACCAGAAGACAGAAAAGAUACUCUCAGAUUUAAAGCUAGAACAUCAGAUACUGAAACAUGUCAUGAACCAGAAGAUAGAAAGGAUACUUCCAGAUCCAAAGCUAGAAGAUCAGAAACUGAAACAUGUCAUGAACUGGAAGAUAGAAAAGAUUCUCCCAGAUCUAGAGAUAGAAGAUCAGAUCCUGAAAAGUGUCAUGAACCAGAAGAUAGUAAAGAUUCUUCCAGGUCUAGAGCUAGAAGAUCAGAUCCUGAAAGGAGUCAUGAACCAGAAGAAGACAAUUCUUGUACUGAAACACCAGAUCCUUGUCAGAAGCUCAAAGCAAUCUCCUCUUUCACCAAUACUAUUCAAGAGGAAUUCAUGUCUAUUCAGAAAGUUUUACAAGCUUUUGGGAAAGAAUGUGCAGUGUUACAUGAUAGUGGCACACAAACAGAAAAAUGUGCCCGUCCCAGUAAAGGGAAACAGAAGCCUAUAUUGUGCAGUCUAAGCAUACAAACUGAUUUGACCCUUGAAGAUAUUGAAACUCUUUGUGGAAGUGCAAAAUUGCUGUGCGGUACUGGAACACAAACAGAAUCAAAACGACGUUGUAAACCAA